GGCGAAGCCGGUGGUGGUCCAUGGUUUGGACUUGGAGUUGCCACUUGGACAUGGAUAUAACAACGACCAGUCUUGUCAUGUCCUUGCCCAAACUAAACGGCGUGGUGUGAACAUCCUUGUUGGAGAGCAGUCAUGUCGCAACCGGACAGUCACAGCGCCGAUACUGGCGAUAGCUGCAGCAGCGACAGCAGCAGCGGUAGCAAUGGCCUCGGCAAUCAUCACCUCCGUGGAGAUAAAGAUGGUGAGGAAGCGCUGACUAGUUUAGACAUGAAGUUCUGCACGGAUCUGGAGAAGUAUGUUCUUCUCUCGAAUUUCGAGAAGCGAGGAUGGACGCGGGGUACAACCAGACAACGCCGCGCAGGACCUGGUGGCGGUGCUGCUGCAGCAGCAGCAGCAUCAGCAACAGACAGCAGUGAUGACUCACCGGACGAGAAGGAGCCAGCAGUGGACACCGGGUCACCAUGGAACUUCUACUGGGCCAGCGUAACAACCAUCAGUCAGAUGUUCAGUGGCGAUAGUCGAUACAGGCGACUGCGUCCGGAUCAAAUCGUCAAUCACUUCCCAAAUCAUUGCGAACUGACGAGGAAAGACUUGAUGGUUAAGAACAUCAGGCGCUAUCAAAAAACCUUAGAAAAGGAAGGCAAUCCGCUGGCUGAAAAGGAAGCAGACGGUACAUACAAGUACUUGGACUUUCUGCCAGUGACAUUCAUACUCCCUGGUGACUACAACCUGUUCACUGAGAAUUUUAAGCGCACGCCGAACGUCAGAUGGAUAAUGAAGCCGACAAGCAAGGCAUGUGGCGUUGGAAUCAUAAUCGUGACAAAACUCUCGCAAAUAAAGAAAUGGGCCUCGACGGGUCCGAAUUUGCCCACCGUCACCGGCAAGGAUGCGUACGUCAUCUCUCGCUACCUCGACCACCCGCUGCUGAUUGGCGAGCGCAAGUUUGACCUGCGGCUGUACGUUCUGGUCACACGCUUCAAGCCGCUGCGUGCCUACUUCUACCGGCUUGGCUUCUGUCGCUUCUGCACAGUCAAGUACGCUGCCGGCGAGGCAGACACGAGCAACAUGUACGCACACUUGACAAACGUCUCCAUUCAGAAACACGGUGACGAGUACAAUGUCGAGCAUGGUGGAAAGUGGAGCUUGGAAAACCUACGCCUACACUUGAUUAGUAUCUAUGGCCAGGCAAAGUGGGACAAGCUGAUGGACGACAUUCACUGGCAAAUCAUACACUCCCUGAAGGCCGUCCAGCCCGUGAUGAACAAUGAUCGGCAUUGCUUCGAGGUCUACGGCUAUGACAUCAUUGUGACGAAGGACUUCAAGCCAUGGCUGAUAGAGGUGAAUGCGUCGCCCAGCCUCAGCCACACGACCGUCUCCGAUCGCAUCAUGAAGUCCAGUCUGAUCGACGACACACUGAACAUUGUCGUACCCAGAGGCGUCGUCACGGACGUGCGCCAAGCCAGACCCGUUCCUGCCAAGCUGGGCUUGUAUGAUCUCUUGUACGACGAAGAGGCCGCUCUCCUGGCCGAAGGGAAGGGUCCAAAGUACAAAGACGCGCAGCCCAAAGCAGCAAUCUGGCGCUAGAAUGCGCUGGCAUCCAUCAAGUGUUGAACGGACAGGCCUCUGACAUCUGAUCAUGCUGUGCACAAGGAUCAUCGUGCUAGUGCUCAUCUCUGCAGAUCAUUGGAUAUACAGGUAGUCCUGUACGCGCUGCUGUGAUGGUAGUCACGCAUACGGCUCACCUGACUUGAAACAUUAGCUAGCUUCCAGGCCUGGGUCACCGGUGUGCCGUGCAGUAUCAUGCCAUAAACUACACAAUGCAAUGUUGCUAUCAUCGUCAUCAUGAGUUGUCAUGACUUGUCAUGAUGAUGAAUUUAAUGUUAAAAUUAUUGUUGGAGCUUGCGCACGGUGAUACAUGUAGUUGUAUUCAAUCUGAGUUAUCGUCAGUAAUCCCAAGGCUAGCUAGUGUGUCACCCUAUCACAAUCUGUGUUAUAAUUAUCAUGUCCGCCAUUUCACCAUAACCCAAAAGAUUGCUAUGCUAUUCCACACCACAACUUGAUCACCCUGCUCGGGUCGAGUAAGUGAAAUUCAAUCCAUCACAACCACA